ACAUAUAACUGUCAUGGCUGUGGGUGCACGGAGCAGGCCAUGGGUUUGGUCGCCUCGUGACGAGGCCGCCGAGCCUGAGCCGGCCUACCACGAGUACCCUGCUGGUGGUACAGGCGCUGCCGCUGGGUAUGCCCACGAUCAGACGCCUGGCCACGGCUACAGCUACAGCCCGUACGCCGCCACCCAGAGCCCGAGCCCGUACCCGGCGGCUAGCCCGUACGCUGCGCGGGAUCCGUAUGCUGCGAGCGAUGGUCCGGCAGGCGGUGGCAACCCGGCGUUCCUCGGCACCGCAGCGUAUGCUGGUGCCGGGGCGACGCUCGGCGCAAACCAGACGGCGGCUUCAUACCACGGCUACACCCAGCAGACCCCAGCUGCUGCUCUGACCGCGAGUCCGUAUGGGCAGGGAUACGGCCAGGACUACGCCGGUGGCUACGGCCAGGGCUACGCCGGUGGCUACGGCCAGGGCUACGCCGGUGGCUACGACCAGGGCUACGCCCAGGGCUACGGUUACGAACCAUACGGCGCAACUGGCGGUGGCGGCGCCGUGCUGGGUGCACCGACCGCCGGUGCGGCUACUGGUGCUGCCACUGUUGGCAGCUACAGCCAGGGCGCGAGUCCGCUACUGGCGUCGAUGCGCGGCGGCAGCAACACCCGCCCGCGGCUCGGCGCCGACGAGCCCUCAUACUCGGACUCGGACGACGAGCCAGAGCCGAUGGCCCGUGGGCCUGCGCUCCACGCCGUAGCUUCCACGACCGGCUUUGACGCCAGCACUGCGAGCGCCGACAAGCUGCCGAUGGCCGCCGUCUACCACUCGCCGUAUGCCCCGCAGGCUGCCACAGCCCCUCCUAAGCCGACGUCGAUCAAGGAGCUCAUCCGCCGAAACGCAGCAGUGCAAAAGGUCGGAACGCAAAAGCGCCGCGGCCGCGCCCCCAAGGCCCGCGGCGGCAAGAAGAAGGGCAAAAAAAGGUAG